AUGACUGGAACAGAGAGAAAAGUUUUUCAAAAAUAUUAUCCACCUGAAUUCGAUGGAUCAAAAGUUCCUAAAAUAAGGACAAAAAAAGCAUCAUAUUUUAUACAACGUGUUAUGACUCCUUUUAAUAUGCAAUGUAAUACAUGUAAUGAAUAUAUCUAUAAGGGAAAAAAAUUUAAUAUGAAAAGAGAAACAGCUCAUGGAGAAGAUUAUUUAGGUUUAAAAAUUUUUAGGUUUACUUUUAGGUGUCCUAAUUGUUUAGCAGAAAUAAAAUUUAAAACAGAUCUAGAGAAUACAGAUUAUACAGCUGAAAGUGGAGCAACACGAUUAUUUGAGGCAUACAAAUUGUACCAAGAUCAAAAAAAAGCAGAAGAAGAGAAAGAAGAAGCUGAAAAGAAUGAUCCAAUGAAGAUGUUGGAAAAAAGAACACAACAAAGUAAAGCAGAAAUGGAUGCUUUAAAUGAGUUAGAAGAAUUAAAAGAAGCAAAUAGGCGAAAUCUUAAUUUAAAUUUAGAUGAUCUUAUUGAGCAAAAGACAUCCACAAUAACAGAUGACUUAAAAAUUCAGGAAGAUGAGGAUGAAGCAUUAUUAAAUUCAUUAUUUAAUAAUUCCAGUGGUUCCUCAGUAUCUAAAGUUGUUGAUGAAAUUGUUGAAGAGUUACCAGAUAGUGAUGAAAGUAGUGAUGAUGAAUUCAAAGCACCAUUACCGGUUGUCAUGGCUACAAAUAAACCCCAUCUAGUAGAUUUCUCAUAUUAUAUUGAUUUUUCUUAUACUAUUUAA